AUGGGUUUCUGUGUGUGUUGUGUUUUACUUUGGUUGUUUCAGAAGCGACUGAAGAGGAGCUCCAGUGAACACCUGAACCCAUGGGGCUGAAACACUCCCAGCCGAAGCUGUUCCCGGGGGACAUCGUGGAGUAUCCCAGGAACAAGUACUUCUCUCACUUCACCGUGUACUACGGAGAACGGGACGGCGUUCCCUACGUCGCUCACCUGACAUGUCGAGAUUCAGACUCCAAGCUGCCGCGCUUUGGCCGAGCCCUGAGGUCAGAGGUCAAACUGGAUCCACUGGAGAUGCUGGGGACCAAUUACAAGGUCAACAACAUGCUGGACCACUCGUUCCCAGCCAGAGACUUCCACACCGUGGUGAAGCCCGCCAUCGACGACAUGAUGGGGCGCGAGGUGACGUUCGACAUCCUGUUUCAUAACAGCGAGCACCAGGCGACGCUCUUCAGAUACGGAGUCAAGAAGUCGGAGCAGAUAGAGAAAGUUUAUGAACACAUCAUGCCGGCCUGGAAGAAGCUGUUUGAAGAGAAAAAACUGUGAAACCUGCUUUUUGUUCACUUCUCGGUUUGACCACAGGAGGGAGACAUUGUUCUCCAGAUUUCAAGAAGAAGGUUAUGAGAUUAAGGGAAAAAUAUAAUAUUUGUUAUGGUUUUUUUUCUUGAAAUAUUGAAUGCUAAUAUUGUAGACAUUUUGGCUCAUCUAAAUGUGACAUUUUUUUAUUUAUAUUUUUUUUUAACAAUUUUAAGCAUAAAGUUGUAAUAUAUUGAGAAACAAAUAGACAUUUAAUUGUAUUUUUUUAGAGAAAAGCUCAUAAUAUUUUACAUAAAUUAAUUUUAAAAGAUUCAAGGAAAAAGUCACACUUUACAAGAUUAUCUCUGUUUAUAUUGUCAUAAAAUUAUUAUUUUUUUCUCCAAAUAUGUAGACCUUAUGCUUUAAAUCAAACAUAUUCACAUCUCAGUCCGUUUUCAGGAUUUUAUUUUAUAUGUAUAACUUUUAUAUGUAUGCUGAAUAUUUAACCAACAUGUUUUCAACUAAAGAUAAAUGCUUCCUGCUAAACUUUUUGGUUUCAUUCAUUUGCGUUUGAAUAAUAAUUGUUUUCCUGUUCUAAUGAUUUCAUUUUUUGUUUUGUCGUUAUUUCUUUUUGUAAAUUGUUUUAGUUGAAGUUGGCUCCUCUCACAUAAACCUUUAUCUUCAUUUUAAGACCAAUCAGAUGCAUCUGUGACAUUAAAGGAAACCAUAUUCUCAUGAAAAAUGACUAAAUGAUCCACACAAACACCAGAAUACCAGAAAGCUAGAGCGGCGUUUUAAGGCUUUGUCAAAUCCCCACUUUACGAAUAAAGAUAUUUGAAGCCGU